GCAAGGAUUCGAUCGAAAGGACUCUGUCGGUGCGCGAGCGGGAGAGAACGACUUCUCUCGGCCAUAAUUUCGGGGAUGUUGGCCGUGGUCGCGAUUGCCUGGCUCGUCGCAGUCCGUUGUCGCCUUCCGUCGUGGAUUGUGUUGUGUACAGUAGAUGUUUGAAUAUUUAGUACUUUUGGUCCUGCCAUGUAACCAUCAGGAAGCAAACAGGAAAAAAUGCCUCAAAAUGUUACUUAAGAACGUAGUUUAACAAAGUUGGCUGAAUUUUGCGUAGCAUAUGUUGUGAAGUUUGUUGUUUCUAAUAUUUUUUGGUGCGAUAAAGAUAUGGAAAACGUGGUUUUCUGUGCGAGGACAAAUCCAAAAUAUCGAUAUUGUUCGACAAUAAGUGACAGUUUUCAAUACGUUGCAAGUACAUUGUUCUGUUGAAGUGAUUCUUAGUAGUACAUGUUUAAUGAAUCGUUAUUAUCCGUGAAGGAUAAGUGUAAAGUUUAUUCCGGAAUUACAUCUUCGUUGGAAGAUAAAACAGCUAUACUGAUUGUGCACAAAUUGUGAGAAUGCGGAAUGCGAUAUCCAGUCCAUGAAAACUUAUGUUCAUCAAUACAAAAUAAGUGUUCAAGACUGUUUGUACUGUGAGAAACUUCAAAUAAAUCAAUAUUCAGUGCCUACCAAUCAAAGAGAGCCAUAUUUUUAUUUGCAUCCUACAAAUCUAGUUAACCGAGACAAUUGAAUAGAUCAACAAACUAUACGACGUCCAUUAACUACAAAGAACGUAGCACAACAAAAUCCAUCCCAUCAUUUUCCAGCUACAACUAACACAUUCAAUUAAACUACAGAAAAUCAGUUCAUCGAUUAAAACGCUCUCGAGCUUGAUAAUAGUCAGCAAAAUAAAAACAAAACACAGGAACAUCAACCAACACUGUUCGGUUCUAGCGGGACUAGCGGACAAUCAACUCCAGGAAUUAUUCCAAGCCAAUCAAAGCAGGCAACAGGCAACUCAUUGAACCCCCUUUCGUUUGGUGCACAGUCGCAUAAACGAUAAUGGGACAGUUUUGAUGCAAAUUGGGCAUCAUAUACAACUAUGUAGACGUCGCAAGGUUACAUAUGUACAUUUUAUAUUCUACAGUAGGAUAUUUGCAUAUAAAUCGUCUGUACGCAUGCUACACAGUUCCAGGGGGGAGCGGAAUUGAAGGACCGUCGUUGUCGUCGUCGACAGAAGGGAAUGAAAGUGGAUUACAUUAAAACUGACAACCAGAGCGCUUUUUAUUGGAAAAUCGCAGCAAUGUUUUCUAUAUUUAGCUGCUCUGGCUAUGCACAAUAGGAUCGUGCACUUCCCUCUAUUCGCCCAACUGUUAGAGACAAAAAUAAAUCAUUGAAACGCUUCAAUGAGUUCCAUUAGGCAGUCGCUGUUGACGUGUACUGCAAGGGCGCCACUGCGAGUAUCGGGAGCUUUUGGAGUACCGUUCCGAACGGUUGCUGGUACCUAGAGGGAGUGAGGGAAGGAAAAGGGAAGGAGUAGUUACAACGGCACCGGUUCAGUAUGGAGCACAAUCUGCAACAUCAACCGUCCAGGGAGGAGAGAGCGAUGCGUCGAAAAGGCGAUGCAGAGCGGAGCAGUAGUGCAUGUGAUGACGAGAUCUGUGAUAGAAGCAACGCUGUUACCAGUAACGAAUGCCUAGCAACCGAUAGUAGUGACUGUGGUAGUAAUCCUAGUAGACGAUGCUCAUCGUACAAAUAUGCUUCCAGCAUUGCGUUGCCGGGCGGCGGCGGCGGUAGCAGCAGCAGCGAGGCGACGUCACCGAUCAACAACGAGGGCAACGUAGUGCAGCGAACGGAUAGUUGCGUCGAUCCAGACGAGAUUAGCAAUUAUCUAAGCAUAAACAAUAGUCGUAGUAGUAGUUGUUGUGAUAUUCCCGCUGAAACCUCGCCCAUGAUUAGUGGCAGUGGAAAAGGUAGGAGCAAGAGUGGCAUCGAGGACGAUCUGGAGAUCGGUUUGCACCGGCGGACCUAUCAGCUUCAGAAGCAGGCUCGUCGACAGCGGACAGAAUCGUCCGACUGUUGUGAUAUCGAGAUCGAUACCUGUGCCGAGGAAGAAGAUGAAGAGGAUGAUUCCAUGCUGACGUCCAUGAACUCAGCGGCCACGACGGCAACCGUCGCAUCUAACAAGUCACAGUUGAAUGUUCCGGAUAUUCCGAGUGGCCACGACACUAGUGUUAAUAUUGUUGACAACCCUGUUAGUGAGAGCAACGAGCAUACUGCGGGUUACGCCACCAGCAGUCUCGUUAUGGGCGAUUCAGUAACACCUCAGCCUCACUCGCACAACAAAGUAACAACGACGCCUUCAAACAUAAGCAAUUGCAGCGGGUUGCCGACCGUGACUGUGGUACAGUUGAAGCAGAAGCAAAACUUGCACUACUUUCUGCGGGUGAUCUUCAAUCAUUGCAAGAGUUCCGGUAUAGGAGAACCCAGCGUAUACCAUGCCUUAGUUGUGAUAUUUCUGGAGUUUUUCGCGUGGGGUCUGUUAACGAUGCCUGUGAUAAAUGUACUGAACCAGACCUUCCCCGAUCACACAUUCCUGAUGAACGGCCUGGUGAUGGGCAUCAAGGGUAUACUUUCAUUUCUAAGUGCCCCGCUCAUCGGUGCACUGUCCGAUGUGUGGGGCCGAAAGUUUUUCCUGCUGAUAACAGUGUUCUUCACCUGCGCACCCAUACCGCUGAUGUCAAUCAACUCUUGGUGGUUCUUUGCAAUGAUCUCAAUCAGUGGAGUAUUCGCUGUUACAUUCUCAGUGGUAUUCGCGUAUGUGGCCGAUGUGACUACCCUGGAGGAUCGCUCUCGGGCGUACGGUCUGGUUUCGGCCACCUUUGCUGCUAGCUUGGUCAUUUCACCUGCUUUGGGCGCUUAUCUGAAUGAUAAAUAUUCGGAACCUCUUAUUGUAGCUUUAGCGACAGCGAUCGCAGUCCUAGAUGUAUUUUUUAUACUAGUAGCAGUACCAGAAAGUUUACCGGAAAAGGUGCGGCCCAGUUCCUGGGGUGCACCGAUCAGUUGGGAGCAGGCAGACCCAUUCGCGGCAUUACGGAAGGUUGGCCUUGACCAUACUAUCCUGAUGCAAUGCGUGACAGUAUUACUAUCCUACUUACCGGAAGCUGGGCAGUAUUCGUGCAUAUUUGUCUACUUGAAGCUGAAGAUGCACUUCAGUUCGAUAGAUGUGUCCAUCUUUAUUGCGGUGGUCGGUAUACUGAGUAUACUGGCGCAGGUUAUUCUAGGUGAUCUAAUGAAAGCACUUGGUGCUAAACGUACUAUAAUAAUAGGAUUACUGUUUGAAAUGUUGCAACUACUGUGGUACGGUUUCGGCAGCCAGACGUGGAUGAUGUGGGCUGCUGGAAUCCUAGCGUCACUUGCGUCAAUUACUUAUCCGGCUAUUAGCGCAUUCGUCUCGAUUCAUUCGAAUCCAGAUCAGCAAGGCGUUGUUCAGGGUAUGGUGACGGGAAUGCGCGGUCUGUGUAAUGGACUCGGACCGGCUAUGUUCGGCGUCAUCUUCUACGUGUUUCAUGUGGAUCUGAAUGACGACCACAGCGGGAUGGGUAGCCUCAAUGGUCACCCUAGCGGCAUUGGUAGCAGUGGUAUGGGAGGGCUGAUAGACGGUGGCAAAUUUGUGCGGAACGAAACACUGCACGGUGCUGCCGGAAGCCAUCACAUCGUCGAGGACGAGUACUCGCAGCUAAUGCCCGGACCGCCAUUCGUGUUCGGUGCGUUGAUGGUGAUUUGUGCGAUUGCAGUCGCGGCAUUUAUUCCGGAAGCGCCCAGCGAUAACAUCCGGCGGCCAUCGGGUGAGAAGAAAAAAUCGGACUAUAGAAGCCCAGAUAAAUUUAACGUGCUAAUUGGCGAUUGAUCAAGUUCCACUGACUGUCCGUUGAUGUAGACUAUGAAUACGAGCGAGGCCGCAAAGUAGCAGGACCCUUAUCUCCACUUAUGCACCAGGACUCGGCUCAGCUCUAGUUUAUCGCAUACGAGCGGAAUAGCAAACUCCUCAUUGACUGAGCCAGGUCGGAAGAAGUAUUCACAUCAUUAGCAAGCCAUUCUGCCGUUCAAUCAUUCUCCUGUUUCGAUUUUUACCUGAAGAAAAUUGAGACAAGCAAAGUAUACAUAAUAUUUGUUUGAUUUUAGAUCUAGAGAUUAAAAGUUUUACGCGGAAACCCCACGCAGCUUUUAAGUUUUGAUUUUGUUUUUGUUUUCCAAUGGAAACCAUUCCCACGUCUCCAAAUUGUGCCGUUUCAAAGUUUGUUUACUUUGGAGCGGUUUUUGUACACUAUUAUAGAAGAAUAAGGUUUAGAUCGACGAUUGUACGCUUUAUAAUAAAACUAAAUUGAUUAGCAUUUUCAUUACUACUUAGUGUUUGCGACAGAUCGUGUUAGUAGUGCAUAACCAAUUGGCAACGAUAAAGGACAUUUUUCCGUUUUAGGUGAUCAAACAAAAGAUAAUAAUGCCAUUAAUCUAGUCAGCAAUAUUUUCGUGUUGGAGCGGCUACUGGUUUUUGGUAUUUUGGUGCAUAUUAAACGACGAUUUAUUAGAGUAUACUUAACAAAAGGGAGUGAUCAGUCUAGACUGUUGAAUUUAGGAAGGUUGCAAAUGGUAAUAGCCGUCGAUGCAUGACUUGUUACUACCUAUAAUCAAAGAGUGAUAGUAGAAAUGUAAGGUUUUUAGGAAGUGGAUGGGUGACCUAUCGAAGCAAGAAAUGGCUCGCGUUUCCUUCAGAAAACCUCAGUUUGUUCCAAAAAAAAACGAAAUGAAUUAAUACAAUCUAUUGCCUAAUAGAGUAAUUAGUUUUGUUAAAUAUGUUUUGCAACUAACAGUAUCGAUUCUUUCUGGAGUAAAGACGCUACCGAGUGUUUUGUUUCCCGUUAACCAAUUCGCAAAGCAAAUGAAUUGACGAAUUUUCUUUUCUUCACAUCUCCUCAUUGUCAAACAGGCACAGAUAUAUAAAAAAGUUAGUCCAAAGAUUAAAAAUAAUUUCAUACCAAACAAUGAUCUAAUAAUAUUAGUUUGUAAAGAGUUGAAAAAUUCUAUUCUAUUUGUACCGUCAGGUCAAUAUCACUUUGAUAUGGACACUGACUAGAGUAAUGAAAUAUGUUAGCACAUUAAAUUUUUGGGCGUUUGACUCUUAACGCAAACAACAAGACGUAAGAAGAUAUUGAGUUUUCUUUUCGACACAAAAAAAACGGUACUGAAUAAAGCAGCUGACAGAGGCAAAGGCAAGAGUGAAACCAGGAACAGAAAAAUAACUAUUUUACGAAGAGACUUUUUUCUAUUAAUUAAAGCAAACGCUAUCUCGAAAGAUGUUUAUGGUUGAGUCUUGUUCAGAAAGUUUGAUAAAAUACAGGAGUGAACAUUAUGACUGGAGAUUGAAUCGGGUGGACGUUUUUUUUUGCGUAAAAUAAACGUCAGUCAGUUGGAGAAGGCUAUCAGUGAUUUGAUUCGAACGUCCGGGGAAAAUGGUGACACAUUGGUGGAUCGAAUCACAGACAUGUAUUGAUGAUAAUAACUACCUACUAAUAAACUAGAAGAAAAAAAUCUUAGGCAGGAGUGUAAAAAUGUAAGAAUUAAAGCAAAAUCCCAGUAUAAGUUAUGGUAAGUUAGAAGUUACAAUAAAGUACAGACAGGAAUGAGGUAGAUUCAUGCCUGAUGGACAUUUGUAGCAACAAGAAAGUAUAACAAAAGAGAAAAUAUGUUGAGAGAAUAUAAGUUAAAAGUAACACAAAUUGUGAAUAAACUUUGAGAAAUGUAAAAUAUAAAACUGAAAAUAAAUAAAGGAAAAGAUGACUUUAUUGACAAAAAUAUAA